UCGCCGUACCUAAUUUGACACUAAAUUUUGCCUCUGUUCGAGAUAUUCGUCAUCACUUCCCACGUCUCUGACUUCUUAGUUCUGGAGUUUCUGCUUCUGUAACUCACAUACUCCCCAUCUGUCAAUUGUACCCUGCUUGUCGCUAUUUGCUGUUCAGUAUGCGUUUUAACCCGGCUUCUGCACUCUUGGCUUUGCCUGUCCUGGCUGCUGCCGACUCGCCUGAUUACCAGGCGCAAUUCCAGGAGUAUCUUGGCAAAGCUCAGGGCUACUUCGAAAAGCUGACAACCUCACUGCCUAAUCCUAACAAGUACGAUGCUGCUGGCGCUGCAGCAGCCAAGUCCGGCCCUAACAAGUUGAGCGUCAUUGGUCUGGACAACUGGAAGGAAACUCUGUAUGAGCCUGUCACUCCGGCGAGUACAACUCCCGAGGAGUGGUGGCUGUUGAUUACCGGUGGAAACAAAACCUGCUUUGGCCACUGCGGUAGGGUUGAGGCCGCCUUCAAUGAGACAGCUGGUAUUUUCACGAAGCUACCAGACACUCCUCACAUGGCGCUUCUAAACUGUGAUAACCAGCCAAUCUUGUGCAAUGCAUGGUCUGCACCUGCUGGUUCUCUUUGGAUUUUCGAGAUGCUCCCCGAGCCCUCUCCCAUCAACAUCUACACCAAGAGACUGAACUUGACGACCACUACAUCCGAGGAUCUGGUCAAGCUACACGCAGAUGGGUACAAGACCGUCGCCAAGGAGCACGACGGAAUCUUCCACCCCUUCAAUGGACCCAUCGCUAAGAACGGCUUGUCUGUUCCUGCUGGCUACACUCUAUGGGCCUUUAGCCUGCUUCCAAGCUGGGCUUUUAUGGUCGUGAUCUCUCUGUUCAGCCGGAGAAUGAUGUCAAGCCGCAUGGAAGGUCAGAUGCACGGAGGGCCCCGACCUGCCCCCACGGGCCAAGCUACCCCGCGGCGAUAAGAAGCAGAAUAUAGGGGCAACCAAGCGUGAAGCAAUCUGGUACUCGGGUGGGCGUACCCAAAUUCAAUAGCAACAAUCGAAUGGGAAGUGGGGAAGGCGGCGCAUCGGAACA